AUGGUCUCUUUGGAUAUCUUGUGUAUAUGCAGGUGUGGUCCAUGUAAGGUGAUUGCUCCCAAGUACAAAGCUUUAUCAGAGAAGUAUGAGGACGUUGUCUUUCUAAAGCUUGACUGCAAUCCAGAUAACCGGCCAUUGGCAAAGGAGUUAGGAAUAAGAGUGGUUCCAACAUUCAAGAUAUUGAAGGACAACAAGGUCGUCAAGGAAGUGACUGGUGCGAAAUAUGAUGAUCUGGUUGCGGCGAUUGAAACAGCGAGGUCGUCGUCUGCUGGUUCUGGUUGAACAAGAAGCAGAACAGUUUAGACAGUGGAAAGCCUCCCGGGAGAAGGAACUUUUGCAG